AUGAGUGAUUCUAUAAGAACCUCCUUCCGGUGUGGUUUGCGAGGAUUUCAUGUCUACCAAGAUAUCUGGAAACCAGUAAUUGGAGAAACCUUGCAUUGCAUCCAUGAAAGAAACAAUAUUCAUGAUCGUUAUGCGAUAGCAGCAACCAAGCGACUUCCAGGACGGUUAGCUGAUUCAAUUGUGGGUCAUUUACCAAGAGAGAUUUCGAGAUGCACUCGUUUUCUCAUUUCACGAGGCGGGAACGUCAAAGUGACGGUAAUAGAUUCCAAGCAUCGACGAUCACCACUCAUACAGGGUGGCCUUGAAAUCCCUGUCACUGUUUGCAUCGAACUCGACUCCACCUCCAAAAAUAUUUUAGUGUUGGAACGUUACAAGAAACUUGUGAAUGAGAACUACAAGAAGCCAAUUAAUGGCAAUUUUGACGACUGUAAGAAAGACAUCCUAAGGGAUUUGUACGAAUCUAGCGAUUCAGAUGAAGAUGACACCAGUAGCAUAGAUUAA